UAUCAAAGACAUUAGAGGUCAAAUGCAUGUUUGUUCAGCAGUCAGACUCCCUCUGAAGGUGAAAGUGACUGUACAUCUACUGAUUGUCUUUUUGUUGUUGUUUUUUUUUGCAACAAUAUGGCCAAGAUUAAUAAAAGAGGCUGCGUUCUUAAAAUCCCUUUUCUUUUAAUGUUUUCAUGUCUAUGUUUUUUUUUUUUCUUUUGAUUAGAUCAUCUGGUUCAGCAGCCAGUCUGCAUAUUGCAGUCAGAACACGUUGGACUUGCUGUUUGUUCUGGUGCUCUGGUGCGUCUGUCUGUGUGUGCGUGUUAGAAAGAAGGACGGGGGUGUACGGAAAGCCUCAUACACAAGACUAGAGAGAAUCAGUAAGCGGGGGAGAGAGAAAAGACAGAAAGCGGAAGGAUCUUUCUCAGAAUUAACAAAAAAUCAGCAGCUGAAUGAUCCCUCAGUCUUCUCCGGAGAGGUUGUUAACAGUGGUUUCAUCUUGAAGAGAUCCCCAUUGACGAGAUGCACACUCCAGCAUCCAUGCUGAUGGGGGUGGUGUUCGCCCCUCUAGGCCUCGUGCUGGUGUUCACUGCUGCCAUCACGCCACAGUGGAGAGAAGGUCAGGCGCGGCUGGGUGCUGCUGGAAAGGGUGGGGCAACAGAGCUCCUCCUACUCCGCUCGGAUGGCCUAUGGGAGAGCUGCCUGCAGGUGGUGCACUCUGAGGUCAAAGAAUGCUGGCCUGUGUCAGGGUCCUACCAGCGGGACUCUCGGGUCCGGAUGGUCCAGGGCAUGGUACUGUCGUCUCUCUUCCUUUGCGGAGCAGGGAUCGUGCUCGCCAGCAUUGGUGUCCGUUGCUGGACUGAUAUCCCGCUGAGGAGUGUAGCGGCAGCUGGUGGCCUGUUGGUGGCGCUGGCUGGUGUGCUCAGCCUGGCUGCAUUAGGAGUAUACACUUGCCAUCUUUCCAAGCUGGGGAUUGAUGUGGAUUCAAAUUUAUCAGAGACGCAAGGACUCAAUGCGCACAAGCCACCCCGACUAACUCUACACCCGGCUGGAUCGCUGUACUUCGGGUGGGUGGGAGCUUGUGUACAGGUGCUGGGAGGGAUUGCACUGCUCUACGGGUUCAAAGACAUGAAGUGUUCAUUCUGCCGCAAACAGAGACUCAAGGACAGUACAGAGAUGUAUGCGGUGAACUGUUAGAUGGACCAAACAUUUCAGAGGACUCAAGAGACUCUUAGGGGGCAUUCAUGCUAGAAUAUUUGUGUCAAGAGUUUGGAUCAGGGUUGUCCAAAGUUGGUCCUGGAGGGUGCCUGCCUGUCCUGCAGACUUUAGCUCCAACACACCUGUAUUGAAGGUACUAGUAAGCCCAGCAAGACCUUGAUUAGCUGCUUCACCUUAUUUUUCAUGUACCAGUGGGCACAGCCAUUUGAAUCUUUUUGGCUCGAGACUUCCUGUCUCAUUCAGUUCCAUUCAAUUUCAGACGUUAAAGCUUGUUAUGCUGCUUGAUGUUGCAAACUGACAUUUUCUUAUUAUAUUAUUCUGCUUUGUCUGUUUAGUCAUGAACACACUUGUUUGUAGAGCAAGUAGUUUAACAGUUUUUUUUUCCGUUUAUCAUUCCUAGUAAUUUCUCCUAACAGUUCUGAAACAAUUGAAAAAACGAGCGCUCAAGUUCAUAUCAUGUUCUUUAUUCUUUUUUUUCUGUCUUUCUCUCUCAUAUCUCUUUUCAUU